GUAGAUUGUAAACUUCUAAGGAUUGAUUUAAAAGGUUUUGCGAAGUGUAUUAUGGACGUGAAUCAAAUAAAUGCUUUGAAAUAUCACCUUUCAUACUAGGUUUCUUGGCUAAUAUUAAUUCAGUUAAGGUUAGUUAGCACUGACAUGAGAAACGCCAUCAUUUGAUUUAGAUCUUGCAAUUGAAAAUUUAAUAAUAGUAAUAUAAAUUUUCAUGCUUUUCAUUUAUUAGUGAUUAUUUUUUAAAGAAAAUGGCCGAUUAUAAUAGACCACCACCAAUCAGAUCUAUGCCGCCAAUGCUUCGUUCAUCACCAUUUCUAGGAGGUAGAUCACUGCCAUCGUUACCUGAACAUAAACAUUCUUCAUGGAAUACUCAAUCAUUACAAGUAAUGCCUGUAUAUAGACCAACAGUGUCAACAUCAACUGGUGAGCAAAUAGUUGCACCGGUUCUAAAUCAUCAGUCAUUGCUUCCCUUGCAGCCAAUAUUACCAUCCUGUUGGUCGAAUGCUGGACGUUUCCCACCUAUUCACUAUCCUCCUCCUGCUCCUCUCGAUUAUUUGUCUAUCCCACAACAAAAUCAAAUCCCAACUUAUGAAAUUAUAAAAUCUACUGUUAAUUUUGAGUCAAUUUUAAAUUCAUGGUUAAGUUAUUAUGAACCAAUAUUUACCGAACGAAGACAAUGUAAAGAACAGAAUAAUAUACAACUACCGAUGUUUAGAAAUAUGUUGGUUAAAUGGUCAGAAUUAAUUCAGAAAAUGCAAUCAACUUGUAAACAAAAUGAAAUGUCUUCUUCAUUAUCAUUACAGAAUGAACUGAAUACUGUUCAACAAUACUGUACAAAUCCACAUAUUGUCAAUUUAGUGAAAAAGAAACUUCGUUUAAUCCACAAGAAAAGACGUUAUCUUAAACGUAUACGUGAUCGUAGACAAAAUUCACAAUUACAAUCAUCAACUUGUUCUGUAAUUGUACAAUCUACAACUGGUAGUAUACUUGAACGAAUAAAAUCAGAUAUAUCAUUGACUAUUGAACAAUCAGGUGUUCAUGAUGAACAACAGAUCAAUGUAGAUAACCAUACAAACAAUAUUAUUGACAAUGAAUCAAAACAUAAACUGUUUAAUCUUAAUCAAGAAAAUAACAAUCAUCAUUUAAGCCAAAUGAAAACAAUAUUACAUAAAUCUAUUGAUGAAUGUCAAACACGUUUAAGACUUUUGGAUAAUUUAGAAAAAUUACGUUCAGCACGAUUAACACAAGCUGAACAACAAGGUGGACUUUUUCCUUAUCAACUCAAUGAAAAAUUCAACUCAGAUGUAAAUGAACUAAAAGAUCAAUUAUCUGUUCAAAUCCAGAAAUUGGAAUCAUUAUAUUCAAAGGUUAAAGAUGCAAUAAGAAAUGUUGUAAAUCGUCAAUCCAAAAGCAACUAUAAUACAGUAUCUCGAACUGAAGGUAAUUAUUGUAUUCAUGUGCCCAAUUUACCAAAAUCAAUAAAAAUGGAACUUUUUGGAAAUUACUCUGCCAAUAAUUCUUCCAGUAAGUAUCUUGUUUACUUUAUAACUUUCUUAUGUAUAAUUCAUCGGAAUGAUUUUUAAAUAUAUAUUUAUCCAUAUUACUCAAUUAUAACAAUGUUCACUAAUUCAAUAAAGUGAUUCAGUAUUGAAGAGAGCAACACAACAAAAAAGAUAGUUUUAAAAUGUUUCUUGUAAAUGAUUAUAGGACAAUUGACUCAUAACGGUUUACAUUUUACACUAUACAAACAGUUGUGUAUUUAGUAUUCAUAUCCCCUAUGAAAUAGUCGUAGCGUAUAAUGAGACGAACUGCCAGUAAGUGUGCUCUGAAAAUGCUAAUUUCAAAAUACUAGUGAGAUAUAUAUAUAGCGCCGUGUUUGUUGAGGGUUAGUAAAAAUACUUAUCUAUUUCCGUAUAGGUGAAAUUAUAGUAUAUAGACGACGUUAAAACACUCGAGACGGAUUUUCACCUGUCUUCUAACCGAUCAGAAAACAGCCUUUUUAAAUUAAUAGUUUAUAGAAAUCAAAAUAAUAGUGCCGACUUUAAACCGAUUUAACAUAAUUAAUGAAUUAAUUAAUGUUUUCUACAGGUUACUUUGUCUGUAUAUCUAAAAAUACAAUGACAUAUAAACUCAUCUUAAUGUACAUUUAUUAUCUGGUUUUACUGAACGGUUAAAAAGGACCCACAUUAUUCCUAGUUUGGUUUAGGUAAUUAGGGUAAGAGCUCGUGGUUUAGGAUUACGGUUUUUAAGCAUUGUAGUCACAUGGAUGAAUGAAUUCCGCCCAAAAAUAUAAGAGACACUGUCUGAUUAACUCAUCCAUAAAUUGUAGUGCCAUCAAGCUAAUAUUUGUUGCAUAAUCAAUGGUUUAGGGUUAGGAAUUAGGGAUAGUAUAUAUUUGCAUAUCAAGAGAUAGAACUAAGCGCUUGAUACGUUCAACACUGUAAUUUUUAUUCUAUGACUGCAAAAAAUAAUUUUUCAAUGUUUUGAUCAGUAUGCAAAGGUAUUUUAGAUCAUAUUUAAAAAGUCAUAGCAAGUUCUACAUUACCUGUCAUUAUAUGUUAGUGCUGGGACUGGAUAGAAAUGACGACAAGUGGUUAGUGUAUGGUUUGAUACUGUGGUAUGAAAUCUAGUUGUAUAAGCCUAGCAUAUAUUUGUUUGUUAAGACAACUCUGUUGGUAUCCUACAGAUCAUGGAAUUUAGUGACAUACAAACUUAGCAAUUAUAGACUGGUAGUGGAUGUUGUUGUAAUCUUUCAUUGAAUCCUAGAUAAAUAUGAAACAAACUCACAUCAAUGAAUGAUGUUGUGAUUGUAUUUCCAGUUGAGUUGUAUCUUUCAUUAAUUACUACUUUAAUUAACUCAUUUAUUGAUUGGUUGAUCGCAUGACCCUUUUUUUUCUUCAUAAUAUUAAUAUUCCACUUAUUGUGGCUUAUUAUUGGUAGCAUACUUCACUAAAAGUUCAACUAGAAAAAUAAUCAUUGAGAUGUUAAGACAUUGGCCAAAUACAAUUAUAAUCUCUUUCGUUUAAUCAAGUAAAUACUAGUGAAAUCGUAUACAUGUAAAAUGUAUCUGAGUGAAGUAAUUGUAAACACUUGAAAGCAAAUCCGCUUGAUAUUGUUUGGCUUGUAUCUUCCCACUGAGGUUUAAGACUGCAAUUGAUCAGUCAUUACACAAGCAAGUGGCUAUCAGGACUCAGUAGCUAAGUGGAUAAUGCGAUGGCGUUUAAAGCGAAUGGUACUGGGUUCGAGUCCAAAAGUGAACAUCAACUCUGGGAUCCAGGUAGAUCCAGCUGACGAGUCCCAAAUAUGAUGAAACGUGCAUCCUGGAUUCCACUGCUGGCCACUAUCCAUCAUUGCUUACAAAAAUCACCUAUCUCUUUUUCAAUUCAACUAUUAUAGAAGGUUCUUCCAGUAAUGAAUAGAUUUUAAAUUUCUUGUUGAAAAUCUGGAAAAAAUAAUACAUUUGUUAAUCGUAUACGUUUUUAUUAAUUUGUAAACAAAUCCAUGUAUUCAGUGUAUUUGUUUACUAUUGUAAAUAAAAACAAUCGUACUGUUACAAAUUAUCUUGUUCAGUAUUUGUCUACUUAAAUAGUAUAAUUAAAUUUUAUAAAUUUAACAACAGAAGGGGUUUUGUGGAUAUUAUAGUAAUUUUAAUAGAUGAGAUCAUGAGUUAAUUGAGGCUAGAUUACCAUAGAAAAACUGAAAGCACUGGGCAGCUGUUUCUUGAUACUAUGGGAUUCCUCGGCAGUGCGCAUCCACUAUCCCGCCGCCUCUCGAGAUUCGGACCCAGAACCUAUCGGUCUUGCGUGUGAGCGCUUAACCUCUAGACCAUUGAACCGGCCGGCAUCCAACAGUGUUAAUGUCCAGCUUCAACUAAUCCACCACACCCACCGUGAAUUUAUUUGUUGUAAUUUGUUAGUUUUGAACCUAUUGUUCAACUUUCAAGUUGGAUUAAUAUUUCAUUGUGUAUACUUGAUUCGAACUAUGCAUAAGUUUAAUUUUUUUUUUAAUAUAGAGAUUCCACAACGUUGGGAACGUUUUUAUCAUCAAGCUGAUUAUAAUUUCUGUGAUUUCAUACGAAUCAGAUAUGCUUGGGAUAAAUAUCUUAAGAUGGAUAUUCCUACUAAUGAAAAUGUAUUGGAUAGUUUAACUAGUUUACAAUUGCCAAAAUGUUGGAUUUUACCUCAAAUGAACAAUAAUCAUCAUCAAAACAUUGAUCCGAAUAACAAUCAAAAUAGUAAUAUUCAAACAAAUAAUCAAGAAACUAAUGAAAUUGACAAUAUAAAAGAGAAAUGGAAUAAAUAUCUUAGGCCAAUUCCUUAUUGUUACACAUAAUUUGUCUAUUUCAUCUUUUAUAUUGUACAGUUUAUUCAAUUGACUGUUUCAUCGGUACAUUAUGAAUAUUAUUAUCAUUACAAUAAUACUGUUGUACGUUUGUAAUAUUUUGUCAACUGUUUCCCUUUCUUUUAGACAUGUACAUUAUUCAACUGAAAUUCUUCCUUCUUCUUCUUCUUCUUCUUCUUCUUAUUCCUCAAAAGUAACUCUAAUACAAACCAAUUAUGAUUUGAUGAUAAUUAAAACAAUUUACAAAUAAACUAUUGUGUUAUUCAUUCAUCCAUCCAUCUAAUCUAAUGAGUGAUUACUAGAAAAAGUAUGUUUUAUUAUGUUCAGUUCCUAUGCAAGAAUAAUUCAUUAUAACAAUUAUAGAAUACAUUCGUUAUGCAUAGUAAAUCAUUGAAUGAAUAUUAGACUUUCAAAUGAUCAAAAAUAAUGAAUAUAUCACUGUUUUAAACUAGCGCCAAUUUUACAUUGUUUUAAUUCAAUCAACAAUUUUUGUUGUCUUUCCAAUUGAAUCUACCAAUUCGUACAGUGUAUUAUGUGAUCAAAGUAAACAGGGACUAAAUUCAUAAAUCAAUUAUUCAUCUCUAUGUAAUAAAAAUUUUUAGUAGAAAAACUUAAUACAAUAUUAAAGGUGAACACUUCCUAAAAGUAAACAUUAGCUACAACGUAGGAUCAGCCACAUAUAUGCAUCGGUCCAAGUUGCACAACAAGAUGAACACUGAAUUCAUAGAAGUAGUCACUUCA